CUUUCUUGAUCCCUUCAGGUCUUUGUGGGUUUUUAAAUCGGUGAAAGCGACACUUCUGCGAUGUCGAAUGCGUCGCCAAAGAAAAAGGGCUCGACCAGUCGAGUCGCGUCAUCCCAAGGUCACGUUCAGAGCAAAGAAACAGCAUCGCUGGUGGCCAGUGGUUCGGAAGAAGGCAAAAAGGCCAAAUAUCCGAUCUGGCCGGAAUGGAGUGACGCAGAGGUCAACGCGGAGAAGUGGGACGCAGCCAAGGGGUCCAAAGACGGCAAAGGGAAAGCCCCAUUCUUUGAGGACCCCGAGGGGAAGAUUGAGCUGCCUUCGUCUCUGAAAGUUCACUCCUGGAAGCGCCCGUUGGAAUACAUACCCGCAAAGGUCCCUGUUGUAGUGGAGAAUGAAACUGCCUUUGACCUCGUAUCCGCAAAUGAGCACCUGCUUUCAAGUGAGCUCCUGAGAUGGAUAAUCAGCGAGAUCUACAUAGUUUGGACGACCUGCAACGGAAGCGCUGCCGCGGACAAGCAGAUUUCUCCGGAACCUCCCGGUCCGGUGUGGAAACCGUGGGAGCACAUCUACUCCCUGUGCAAGGUGUCGAAAGGUCACACGCCCCUGUACAACGCCUAUGGGAAGUACGUGGUGAAGCUGUACUGGAUGGGCUGCUGGCGAAAGAUCACAGUCGACGACUCCCUGCCGUUUGACAGGGAGAACAAGGCGCUUCUCCCGGCUACAACCGUCCCGGCAGAACUCUGGCCUAUGCUGCUAGCGAAAGCCCUCAUUAAGCUCGCCAACACGGACGUCGGCCUGCAGCGGUGGAGGGAGCUCGGCGAGUUCACCGUCACACACGCGCUCACUGGCUGGAUCCCCGAACUCAUCCCUCUCCAGUCGCGGUACCUGGGUAAAGUUUGGGAUUUUCUGCGCGGCGCGAUCCCGGAGUUCCAGCACACGGAAGAGGAGAGCGGCGAGGAGAAGCCCCCGCCAAAAGAGUGCGAAUCCCGCGCAGAAUCCAGAGCCGCCGAUUGCAAGAGCGAAUCGCCAAUGGCAACCAAAACCCCGGAGAGAACGCGAGAUUCAGCCAAGAAGAGAAACAUGGACAGGAGCCGAAGAUCAUCCCUGGCCAACCGGCCAGCUUCAACACUGGCUGAGACUGCUAACCAACCAACAGAGGAGAGUAAGGUGCCACUGGUGCCUCAGGUGGUGAUCUGUGCCAGCUACCAGCCUUUGCAUCUGCUGGAGAAGAAGACGUCGGUCCUGGGUCAAAUGGCCGACUCCUCUGAGAAGCUGCGGCACUACGGCCUGUCCCAGUUACACAGCCACCCGGUCCUCCUCACCCGAACACGCGCCUGCCCCCUCACCGCCCCGCCCAAACCUCCGCCCGUCCCCCGCUGGAAGCUGGUCCGGCCCAGGAAGGAGAGGAACCCCACCGACGAGCCCAAAGAAACGCCCGUUGUGAAGCCCGACCAGUUCGUUGAGGUUUCCAGUCUGUUUCUGAACUACAGCCUGACGGCCAUCCCGACACCUCUGGAUCUGGAGGAGCAGGGGUCGGUCCGUAAGCGCGCCUGCAGCACCUCCCUGGCCUCCUGCGCUGAGACGGAGGACGAGGGCGAGGGCCGGGGGACCCGGGGCCCGGGGAGCGCAGGCAGCGUACGCAGCGCAGGUUCGGAGGUCGUCACGGAGACCGCAGAGGUGACCGCAGAGGACAAGACCGACCGCGACGGAACCGCCAACGACCAGGAAGUCCCCGAAACGGCAAACGGGACGGAGAAACCCAAACCCGGCAGCGGGGCCAGUCCCCCGCCCGAGACAUCCCAGGAGACCUCUGGGCCUGAGAGGCACCAGCUUCGAGAAGCCUGGAUUGACCUGGACGAUUUGUGCAAAUGUUUCCAGACACUGCUGAUUUUUCACAAGCCAAAUACGUACACAUACCAGGCCCAGAAGACCCAGGGGAAGAAUGGCAUUGUGCCUAAGACUGCAGCGUUGCCGGGUACAGCCAAGCAGCAGGCCUCCUCUGUCGCCCCUGUUCCAGGGCCCAUGCAGAAGGACCCCCCGGCGUUCCGGCCCGGGCGGCUGACGGCCGAGCCCUUUUCCUGGAAGAGCGCCAGAUUCCGGCUCCCUGUCCUGAGCGUUCAGACCAGCUCCGCCAAAGCCGCCGUCCUCUGCCUCCCGCCCGGGAGGCACGUCCUGCGGCUGAGCGCCAGGGCUCGUGGGUACCACCUCCACCUGUGCAGCACCACGCCCUUCGUCUUCGGAGAGGAAGAGGCCGUCAUGCCCCACCUGGACAAGGAGAGCCUGCGGUUCCUGGAGCAGGCCAACGGCAUCCUGAAGGCUCUGGGGAAAGCGGUGAGCGCGUUCUCCCACCAGAAGGAGCGUCCGGCGGCCAUGUUGGAGCUGGAGGCCGCUCACUGCCCCCCCUCGCUGCGCGCCUCCCCCGGGGUCAAAGGGCACUUUCAGGUGUUUAACGAGGCCCUGCUGCACACGGUGACCGCAGCGCUGGGACGGACGCUCCAGGUGGAGGAGGUGCACGCCCUCCGGGCGCUCACGCUCGACCCCUACCUGGGGCAGAGAGGAGAGGAGGACCCCCGUACAGGCCCCGCGACGGAGACACCCGAGGCCUGGAGGAACAGAGACCCCACAGAGCCAGAGAACAUGGCCGCCACCCUGCUGCAGGCCACCUGGAAGGGCUUUCACACCCGCCAGGUCCAUAACGCCGCCAAGACAGGCACGCAGGAGAACACCAGGGCUUCUGAGACGCUGCGCAAGAUGUGGGCCGUAGUGGAAGCCAAAGCAGAGAAACACGCCGUGUGUUUAUUGAGAUGCAUCUUCUCCAACAGCAAGUCUGCGGAACUCUACCCCUGCCAUGGCGACGAGUCCACCAGGGUUCCGUUCAGGGACUACUCCGUGGCUUUUCCGGAACAGCCGAGCAAUUCCUGGUUCUUGGUCUUCAGGGAGGUGUUUCGGGUUCCCAAGGACACGCUGGUGGUGCCGAAGGUUUACUCUCCCGUCCGCGGCUGCGUGCUCCACGUCAUCGAUAACGACACCGGGGAGGAGGUGCCCCGCGUCUUUCAGACUGUGGAGCCGCGCGUGUACACACCCAAUCAGGGGGGCUACACCUUUGUCGCUGAGGCCCACUCCAGAGACGCCCCUGUCCCGGGGGGGCGGUGGAGGCUCCGCCUCAUCGGGUCACAUGACCCUCUCCCCGCCCUCAGCAGGGAAACUCCACAGGGCAACUUCUGCGUCAAAGAGUUCCGCGAUUACUACAUCCCCAACGACAAGAACAUCAUCUGCAGGUUCUCCCUGCGGGUGACGGCCGACCUCGUCAGCACGCUCCAGGUCCAGACGUCCCGACCCGGCGCGUACGUCAGGCUGCUGGUGCUGGACCGCGGGGCGGAAGUGGCCGGCGGCGCCGGGAAGGGCAGCGCCGUGAUCCCGGCGUUCCGCUUCUCAUCCGACCGACAGCCGGACCUGGGAGGCCAGCAGGACGGGGGGCAGCAGGGCGGGGGGGGCACCGUGGGGGAGGGGCCGAGCGGAGACCAGGAGCAGCGCUCGGAGACAGCGGGACACAGGUACCUGGUCCAGGCCGAGGUUCUGCACAGGAGCUGGCCCCUAGACGAGUCCCAGGCCGCCUUCACCCAGGCGCUCAGAGACGCAGAGAAGAACGAGUCCAAAGUGUCCGCGGAGAGGCUGGAGGACCCCACCGCGACCGUGAGCGGUGAGACGCUGAGCGGCGAGGCCCAGAAGCCCGCCACGCCCAAACACAACCGCAAGGGCAAGGAGAAGGAGAAGGAGAAGGAGAAGCCGGCCGCCAAGCCGGGGUCCCGACAGGAAGCUCCGGCUCUGGACCCCAGCAUGCCGCAGUGGGCCCUGCGGGUGGUGUGUGACAUGGCGACGGCGGAGGCGGUGGAGAUCAGGAAGGACACGGAGAGAGCGGAUCAGAUCAGAGCCAUACAGCUGGGCUGGGAGACCGCUGAGCCCGGGAGGGCUGUCAAGGCUACACAGGCCCGCCUGCAGUUCAUCAACAGGACCCUGCGCGGGGAGACCGCUGACCAAUCAGCUGAUGGGAAGGAACCCGCCGUAACCACGGCAGCGGAGGGGGGCGAUGAAACGGCUGCCCCGCCUCCAGGCCCAGAUGACCCGACAGAGCCCUCCCCCCAGAGAGCAGAGCCACCAGCCUUCUACCAGCCCAUGGACUUUACCCCCUUCAUCAGGAAACAGAGGGAGGAGCCGCUGCUGAUGGAUGAGUCGGUGGUGGAGGCUCAGCGGCUGGAGAAGGCGGAGAGGAUCCAGGCGUUCCGGCUGAUCCGGGACACCAUCCUGGAACACCGGGAGCAGGAGAGGGUCUCCCGGGAGGUGCUGAAGAGGAGGCACAUGGACCUGUACGAGGGCCUGCAGGUGGCCCUGGAUGAACAGAGGAGGCGGAUCAUCCAGGUGCGAGAUGCCUACUGGGCCCAGCUGCUGGAGGCGGAGCUAACAAGGGACGGGGCGGGGUCCGGGCUGGACACGGCCCGGGAGGCGGAGCUGGGGAAGACCACGCCCCAGUCUGGCCGCAGGAGCGCAGGCAAGAAGCCCAAGAGCGCCGGCAAGAAGAAGUGACACGUUCUCCACCCACCCAGCAUGCACUGGGGCUCUGACACCUUCUCCACCUACCCAGCAUGCACUGGGGCUCUGACACCUCCUCCACCUACCCAGCAUGCACUGGGGCUCUGACACCUCCUCCACCUACCCAGCAUGCACUGGGGCUCUGACACCUCCUCCACCUACCCAGCAUGCACUGGGGCUCUGACACCUCCUCCACCUACCCAGCAUGCACUGGGGCUCUGACACCUCCUCCACCUACCCAGCAUGCACUGGGGCUCUGACACCUCCUCCACCUACCCAGCAUGCACUGGGGCUCUGACACCUUCUCCACCUACCCAGCAUGCACUGGGGCUCUGACACCUUCUCCACCUACCCAGCAUGCACUGGGACUCUGACACCUUCUCCACCUACCCAGCAUGCACUGGGGCUCUGACACCUUCUCCACCUACCCAGCAUGCACUGGGGCUCUGACACCUUCUCCACCAACCCAGGAUGCACUGGGGCUCUGACGUUCUCCACCUACCCAGCAUGCACUGGGGCUCUGCUAGCGACCUAUCUUAGCUUAGUUUCACUUAAACCUGGUGUACUCUUCAGAUUAGUCCCGUAGUGUGCACCAGGCUUCAGAGUAGGAAGAAAUCUGUCCCUCCAGGUCAGUAGGGCAGCUGGUUCUCUGUCUUUUCCUCCAAUCAGGACUGACUUAAACCCGAGUGAGUUAAAUAUCUGGCCAAUCACUGGCCGUAAUCCAUCGAAUAACUAUCAGGUUACCUGGAAAACCACCUGUACUACUGGCAUUGAGAGCCAUACUGUGUUUGAGCGUCUCUGACUUAGAUCACCUGUGGAGUGCCUGUGGAUGUCUGUGCCUGUUUUCUCCUAGACUAACUUCACCCUGCAACAACUGUAUUUAUGUUAUCAACACAAUAAAUGCUAAAGAUAUGC